UGAAUUUUGGAAAAGGGAGGAGAACCCAAGACUGCCUCCAGGGCAAGGAAGGCUAGCAGCACAGUGUUUACCAGAAAGGGAAGGCCUCCUUUCCAACAAGAAAUUAAGAGCAUAGUUCUUUACAGAGAGAGGAGGAGACUGAAACGGCGGCAGCGGCUGGUAGGAACCCGAUGUGGCAGAGGGGCCGCCGCCGCCGCCGCCGCCAACAGGGAGGCGGAGGGCCCGCGAGCCCAGAGCUAGGGACACUGCCGCCAUCCUCUUCGCCUGCGGAUCCUCUCCUCCCAGCUCUUGCAAGCACCAGGCUCGUCGCCUUCCGAUCCUCUUUCGAUACAGGCUCACAGCUGAGGCAGCAGCGAAGUGUCCGAUUUGAGCACGUGAGGCCCUCAAUCCAGGGCGGUGGACGCCAGGCAGGGCAAGGCCAUUGGCAUGAAGACCCCGAACGCACAGGAGGCAGAAGGGCAACAAACCAGGGCAGCUGUGGGACGGGCCACCGGGUCUGCAAACAUGACGAAGAAAAAAGUCUCCCAAAAGAAGCAGAGAGGCCGACCUUCAUCCCAGCCCCGCAGGAACAUCGUGGGCUGCAGAAUUUCACACGGAUGGAAGGAGGGCGAUGAGCCCAUCACCCAGUGGAAAGGAACUGUGCUGGAUCAGGUGCCUAUAAAUCCCUCUCUUUAUCUGGUGAAAUACGAUGGAAUUGACUGUGUCUAUGGACUAGAGCUUCACAGAGAUGAAAGAGUAUUGUCUCUUAAAAUUCUUUCCGACAGGGUGGCAUCAUCUCAAGUCAGUGAUGCAAACCUUGCAAGUACCAUAAUUGGUAAAGCUGUGGAACAUAUGUUUGAGGGUGAGCAUGGCUCUAAGGAUGAAUGGAGGGGAAUGGUUUUAGCCCAAGCACCGAUCAUGAAAGCCUGGUUUUAUAUUACCUAUGAGAAAGAUCCUGUCUUGUACAUGUACCAGCUUCUAGAUGAUUAUAAAGAAGGAGACCUCCGUAUCAUGCCAGAGUCCAGUGAGUCUCCUCCAGCAGAGAGGGAGCCGGGAGGAGUUGUAGAUGGCCUGAUAGGUAAACAUGUGGAAUAUACCAAAGAAGAUGGCUCCAAACGGAUCGGCAUGGUCAUUCACCAAGUAGAAGCCAAACCCUCUGUGUAUUUCAUCAAGUUUGAUGAUGAUUUCCAUAUCUAUGUCUAUGAUUUGGUGAAAAAGUCCUAACUGUUAGGGUAAACAAUUGCCACAUUUGUGAAAACAAAUGUAUACUUUGUAGACAUGCAAAAUAAUGUUGCUUUUCAGUGUAUUGAAAGCUUAGGGUGUCUGUUAAUUCAACAUCUUUGCCAGCGUAACUGUUGUUUUGUUCUGAAAAAUAUAAAUUUAUGUGGACGUGA